CAAAAGCAUCAACAGGAUCCUGUCCACCACCACCAAUAUCAUGAGCGAUGGAUCCCUGCAGCUGUUUCCACCUUUGCGACUUCAGCAAGCAACGCAUCCCUGCUUUCUUCAAGCCAUUUCACAUAUUCCACCGCCCUAAAGAGAAUCCCACUCUUGCCCUUGAAAGCAACACCCCCUUUCCCGUCGCCUCUGCCACCAUUCCUACUACUGCUGCCUUUAGGACGACCGCGUGUGGGCAUACCUGUUCCUGGAGGCGCCCCAGCGGGAGCAAGUAGUGUAGUGAGCUGGACGUAUCCAUCGCGAAUGGCGUUACGGCGUUUCUGCUCGGACAUGAUAUGAUUAAGUCGUUUCUGAGGUGUUGAAAGGAGUGGUUUAGGUCGUUGAGCGGAAGAUAUAGGUUGUGCGGGUGGAGGUCUGCGGACUGUUGGGAACGUUCAUUGGACUUUGAUUGCUCGAAGUCGAUGGUUGUGCAUUGUUUGAUGAAUUUGAUGGUGCUACUUGUGGGGUACCGGACUGUGGACGAUCCUGUGUUUCUGCUUCGACAUCCCAACUGAAGUUCUCGAGAAAGCCGAGCAAGUCAGUUGUUUCUGAGGGUGAGAAGAGAUCUGCUGAAGAUGGCAAGGGCGGAGGAGACGGGAAGAGGUUGUGGAGAGCAGGAUCGAAAGAGAAAGUAAAGUCGUCAAAGGGCACUGGAGGCUGGAGAGGGUCGCCCAUGGUUCAGAGCAACAGCUUCAGAGCAACAUCUGCAGAGUUAACGACGAUCGUCGGCAGCGACGGGGCUAAGCCGGUUAUCGCCUGCCGAGAAAGGGGCGUCGGGUCCCAAUUCGGGGUGACCGGCAGGUACGGACGGGAUGCAGGGCCGGGACCGAGGGCCGGCGGGCGCGUUCAGCAAGCUUCAGUGGGAGCAAACAGGGGCAAAUAGAAGAAGACGGACGACCCGGUGGGAGAAGAGCGAAAGGAUGCCCCGAGCUGGCGAGCGAUAUAUAUUUCUGGCCCGAGCCAUGGUCGGACCUCCACCGCACCAUCCGCCCAUCACCUCCAUGUCGGCACUCAACGAGGGCAACACCCCGGCACAGGACGGUGGCCCUCCGUCCAUCGACACCCAACAACUCCACCUCGCAAACGACCUCCAGCAGCAGCAGAAUGGUUCAGCAGGCGGCCAGGAGGGCUCCUCUCGCAAGCCCAAGGCCCCUUCCGUACGCCGAGCCUGUACCGCUUGUCAUGCUGGAAAAACAAGAUGCAGCGAUGUUCUACCAUGUCAAGUAUGCAUAUAUCCACCCAGCUUUACCCCUGCCCCCGCUGACGUACUGAUCCAGAGUUGCUUGAAGCGUGGGCUCGGUAACACCUGCGCAUAUCCAGAUCCCGAGGCCGACAACUCUGUCAACCAACCCCCUCGUAUGUCUUCAAUCUCUCCCUGCUUUGUUUCGCGUAUGUUGAUACGCUCUCCAGCGCAACCGACCUUUGCUGUCCCUGCGAUGCCAUACCCUCCGCCGAUGCAUCCACUCCAGCAUCCACAAUACUACGACUAUAGCAACAGUUUUGGUAAUCCCGUCAACAACACGAUCCGUCCCACGAAACGACCACGUCCCCUCACAGAAGAGGAGACCGCUGCUAUCACGCGCAACUUCACCCGCGGCGACUUCUUCGUCGGCUCAAGCGCACCUGUUCGUAUCGACCCCCGCUUGCCUGUUCGCCUCACGCUCGCGGAAGGAGAUCAAGUUCAUUUUUCUAUUGGUGAAGGAUGUCUUAUAUGAGGUUUUCGGUCCAUUGUUCCUUCUAUCUGUUCUUGAGUUCUCGUUCUUAGGGUGCCUUCCAUUUCAUGUUCAUUCGCUGUGGAUAUCUCUGUACUACUAGUAUAUAUAAUGUGUAUAAAACUACGGACUUUGGGCCGAUAUAUAGCAGUAAGCAUGCAUGCCUUUUCGAUGUUGUGUAUUACUUCUCGUUCAGUGAAUCAAGUUACCGGAGGACGUUCUUGGCCAGACGUCACCGUGAUCGUCUUGGCUGAGUUUCGGUAUGUAGCCGAACAUAAACGUUAAAUGUUAAC